AGAACCGUGUGCUGGAUAUUCAUUUUGCUCUGAACGCGCUCCAAGAGGAGUCCACACUGAACCUCGAGGAAUGGGAGAAGUUGGACGGCCAAAAACGCUCACUGGAAAAGUUGUUGCAGAAAACCGUUUUUCAGGAGGAGACCGCACAAGAGUGUCUCUAUUUCCGGGAUAAACGACAGGAAAUUGACCUGGUCCACGACGCUCCAGAGAGGGCGCUCCUAGCGGUAAGAGGGAAUAAAUCCUCCCCGGAUAGGACAAGAUGUCUUUUGUCAAGUUUGCAUAAUAUGAGUGAAACGCAUUUUCAACUUGGAUUCUUGUGUCAAAGAAUGGCUCGACUUCGCUGUAAAAAGCACCCUAGAUUACCACCUUAA